AUGAACCUUUUCAAGCAGCUGCUGCCCACCAAACGUGGGCUUUAUGGUUCCUUGAACCACUUCAGAGGAUCUUCCUUUCGCUUUCUCCAUUCAUCCCAAGAAACAUCUGUGGAACUUCAUUCACAAGAGCAGGAAGUAGUGAUUGCUUUAGGAAGCAAUGUGGGCAACAGACUUCAUAAUUUUAAUGAAGCAUUGCAACUGAUGAAGAAAUCUGGAAUAAACAUUACUAGACAUGCUUGUUUGUAUGAGACAGCGCCUGCCUAUGUAACUGAUCAGCCUCAGUUCCUUAACUCUGCAGUAAGAGCUGUUACGAAACUUGGACCACAUGAAUUGUUGGGAGUGCUUAAGAAAAUUGAGAUGGACAUGGGUCGUACUGUGGGGAUAAGGUAUGGACCAAGACCAAUUGAUUUGGAUAUAUUGUUCUAUGGAAAGUUCAAGGUUAAUUCUGAUAUACUUACUGUUCCUCAUGAGAGAAUUUGGGAGAGACCAUUUGUAAUGGCCCCAUUGAUGGAUUUACUGGGAUUAGAUGUAGAGAAUGAUACAGUUGCAUGCUGGCAUUCUUUGUCAAUACGUUCUGGUGGACUCUUUGAGUCAUGGGAGAAACUGGGUGGUGAAUAUCUAAUUGGAAAGGACAGGAUGAAAAGAGUCCUGCCCAUUGGAAAUGAUUUGUGGGAUUGGUCACUGAAAACUUCUGUGAUGGGUAUACUUAAUUUGACCCCAGAUAGUUUUAGCGAUGGAGGAAAGUUUCAGUCUGUGGAGGCUGCAGUUUCUCAGGUCCGCUUGAUGAUUUUGGAAGGAGCGGACAUGAUUGAUUUAGGUGCACAAUCAACAAGGCCAAUGGCUUCAAGAAUAUCCCCUCAGGAGGAAUUAGAUAGACUAAUCCCUGUCUUAGAAGCCAUUCUAAAGAUGCCUGAGAUGAAUGGAAAACUCAUAUCUGUUGAUACAUUUUACUCAGAAGUUGCUUCAGAAGCAGUCAGCAAGGGGGCUCAUAUAGUAAAUGAUGUAUCUGGUGGACAGUUAGACCCUAACAUGACUAAGGUCGUUGCUGGCCUUGAGGUUCCUUAUGUUGCAAUGCACAUGAGAGGAGACCCAACUACAAUGCAGAAUAGUGAGAACCUGCAAUAUGAUGAUGUUUGUAAGCAGGUCGCCUCUGAGUUGUAUUCACGGUUUGCAGAUGCAGAAUUAUCUGGUAUACCUGCUUGGAGGAUUAUUAUUGAUCCUGGGCUUGGAUUCUCAAAGAAAACUGAGCAUAAUUUGGACCUUCUCAUGCGUUUGCCAACCAUGCGAGCAGAGAUUGCAAGGAAAAGCUUGGCCAUGUCUCAUGCUCCUGUCUUGUUAGGAUCUUCCAGAAAGAAAUUUUUAGGUGAAAUUUGCACUCGUCCUGCCGCAAGUGAGAGAGAUCCCGCAACGGUAGCUUCAGUCACUGCAGGGGUUUUGGGAGGUGCAAACAUUGUAAGAGUACAUAAUGUUAGAGAUAAUCUAGAUGCUGUUAAGCUCUGUGAUGCAAUGCUGAAGUACAAGAGAUCUCCAGCAUAA